AUGUGUAUUUCAUUUUUAUGACUUUACUCUGUUCCAUAAUCACACCAAUCUAAUUCAUCUUUCUUCCCCAUCCAGUCCAAGAUCUGCGAUAAACAUUUCCAACAAUUUCUGCAAUGCUAUUUUAUUAGCUCGCUAAUCAGCAAUCGUGAUUCGAGUGGGCGCUCAUCCGUUGAUUCGCGGGUUUUAAUUUUCAUUCACAGAUACAGUUCGUGCGCUUUUUCCGCUGAUAUUGUGGCACAUUGCCGGAAGUGUUUAAUACAUUUGAGGAAUGGGCGGGGAGGAGCGGUGGUGCGUGGUGACCGGCGGCAGAGGUUUCGCGGCGCGGCAUCUGGUGGUAAUGCUAAUCAAAUACGGCAUGUAUUCGGUGCGUAUCGCUGAUUUGGGCUCCACGAUUAAGCUUGAAGCUGGAGAGGAGAAUGGAGUUCUUGGAGAAGCUCUAAUAUCUGGCCGAGCAGAAUACGUGUCUACAGAUCUUCGUGACAAAUCGCAAGUGCUGAAAGCAUGCCAAGGGGCUGAGGUUGUGUUUCAUAUGGCUGCCCCUGAUUCCUCCAUAAAUAACUAUCAUCUGCACCAUUCUGUCAAUGUACAAGGCACCCAGAACAUCAUCGAUGCAUGCACUGAGUUGAAAGUGAAACGACUAGUAUAUACCAGCUCACCAAGUGUGGUAUUUGAUGGAGUUCAUGAAAUAUUAAAUGGAAAUGAAUCAUUGCCUUAUCCUGCUAAGCACAAUGAUUCAUAUUCAGCCACAAAAGCCAAAGGAGAAGCCCUAGUUAUGCAAUCAAAUGGUGCAAAUGGUCUUCUUACAUGCUGCAUUAGACCUAGCAGCAUAUUUGGCCCUGGUGAUAAGUUGCUCGUUCCAUCAUUAGUUGAUGCAGCAAGGGCAGGGAAAUCAAAGUUCAUCAUUGGAAAAGGCAACAACAUGUACGAUUUCACUUAUGUUGAGAAUGUUGCACAUGCUCAUGUAUGUGCUGAGCGAGCUUUAGCAUCUGGAGGGAAAGUAUCAGAAAAAGCUUCUGGACAGGCAUACUUCAUUACCAAUAUGGAACCAAUUAAAUUUUGGGAGUUUAUGUCUCUCAUUCUUGAAGGUCUUGGCUAUGAAAGGCCAAAAAUUAAGAUUCCUGCCAUUGUCAUGAUGCCUAUUGCCCAUAUUGUCGAGUUUAUAUAUAAGCUUUUGGCCCCUUAUGGUAUGAAGGUGCCACAGUUGACACCUUCAAGAAUUCGGCUUCUAUCACGCAGCAGAACCUUUGAUUGUUCCAAAGCAAACGAUCUCAUUGGCUACACUCCUAUCGUGCCUCUCCAGGAGGGCCUUAGACGAACAAUCGAAUCAUAUCCUCACUUAAGGUCUGAUGUCAAAAUUAAACGAGAUCCAUCCAAAACAGAAAUACUUCUCGGUGGUGGAAGAGUGGCCGAGACACUACUCUGGAGGGAUAAAAAGCAUACACUUACAGUAAUGUUGGUCUUGGCUACAAUUUACUUCAGUUUUAUAGCUACUGGGUGCACAAUCAUUACUGCAAUUUCCAAGCUUUUGUUAGCUUCAGUCAUCUUCCUUUUCAUUCAUGGAAGACUACCCCAGAAAAUAUUGGGAUUUAAAAUUCAAAAAAUUCCCGAGUCAAAAUUCCAUAUCUCAGAGGCUACAUCUCGCCAGGCUGCCCUUGCAGUGGCAUCCACAUGGAACACUGCUGCUCGUAAUUUGAAAUCGAUUUGUAGAGGGAACGACUCUAUCCUCUUUCUCAAGGUUGCUCUCUCGCUAUUGUUUCUCAGCCUACUCGGAUUGGUUUCACUAAAUAAUGCCUUUGUGAUAGGAGUACCAUUCGCAUUCGUUUCUUUUGUUGUGUAUGAUAAAAAAGAGAAAGAGAUCGAUAAUCUUGUGCGAAAAGUUAUCACAGCGUGCUGCAAAUUGAAGUCUGAUGCUGCCAAAAAGGUUUCCAACUCAAAAAAGCUCCAAUAGCCGGUAAAUUGGCUCAACAUCAUCUUCCUUUCUCUUCGUGCCGUAUUUCUUGGAGUGCCAUUCCUUUAGCAUGGUGUUGAAUUCUUCUAUUCAUUUUCAGUAGCAAGAUCAGACAGUGUUUCCAUGCUUGAUCAUCAACUGCUACUCUACUUGGUCUCCCUUUUCGAAGCCGGAUGUGUUAUGACAUAGUUUGAUCCAGCUAAUUAGAUAUAGUUUGAUGUAUAUUUUCAUGUGUGGAUUUUGUUACCUAUUGAAGCUGUUAUUUUAGAACUCAUGUUGUUUGUUGAACUUGACAGAGUGUUCUACACUUUUUGAGAUUUUACUUGAAUUGGAUGGAUUGCCUAAGAA